AUGGCCUCUGCUACUUCUAUUUAUGAGUUUGAACCUUUGAAUAAAAAAGGCGAACCAACUCCUCUCGCAGAUUACAAAGGCAAAGUCCUUUUAAUCGUCAACACAGCUUCCAAAUGUGGUUUCACUCCUCAAUACGAAGGGCUCGAGAAAUUAUACAAAGACAUGAAGGAGAAACAUGGAGAUGAUUUCGUAAUCUUAGGAUUUCCAUGUAAUCAAUUUGGAGGACAAGAUCCGGGAACCGAUGAGGAAAUUCAAAGUUUCUGUCAGAUUAACUAUGGAGUUUCUUUUCCUAUCAUGAAAAAAGUCGACGUAAACGGCGACAAUGCAGCUCCACUCUUCAAAUGGCUCAAGGAGGAAAAACCAGGUCUUCUCGGUCUUCAACGCGUAAAGUGGAAUUUCGAAAAGUGGUUGGUGGGUAGAGAUGGAAAGGUUAAGCAGAGAUGGGCUAGUACUACUAAACCGGAAUCUUUGGAGAAACCUAUUUUGGAGGCUUUGAAUGAGACGAAGUCGGAACUUUGA